AUGGCCGUGUACAAAGCAACGCAUGGGUGGACAAACAUCCUUUCAAUAUUAUUAAGAGCUUUAUCGAUAUCCGAGGAUUAAAACUAUAUUGCAGUGUACGGGUCAUGUUUGAUCGUGUAUGUGUGUUUAACUUGUGUUGUGCUUAAAUAUACCAGCUAUUGAAGUGUGUCUGUGUUUACCCUUUUCAAGGGUAAAUUUGUACGUUCGCCUACUUCAACGAUAUAAAGUGAUACACAUGAAUAGGAAAAUAAACUAGGACACAUUGCAGUGAAAAUCGAAAUUAUUGGAUACUGGUAUAAGCAGCCAUGAAAAAAUCAUAUCCCGCCCCGUCCAAGGCGCCUGGUUUUCAACAGGUUCAACGAAUGUUUAUUUUCAACCGCUUGCACAAUUUCCGGAAGUGUAUUAUGUUGUGUGUAAUACUGUUGAUCGCCAUGGUGAUUUACACAUUUCCUUAUAAAUCAUUGAUAAAGAUCAGAGAGCCUGGACUUGCGAUCCAGUACAGACCGUGUAAAAUUCAUGACCUUGACCCUUGGGACAAGGUCAUGGCGUACUACUUAAAAGACCCACCGCCCGCGUAUUGCGAAAAGGCUGGAAACUCCUUAAUGUUUGUGGAUGACAACGGAAUGUUGAGGUAUAAUGAUUCCGCCAUCAAAUUGUAUUCACUGACGUCACUGACAUGCGUGUACCACGUGAUAACACGUAAGACUGACGAUUUUAGCAUUUCAGUAGGAGCUGCCGUUGAAUUCAUACCCCCAGUAUUCAUCGAAGCCCGUGUGUUCAAGGUUGUCUGUCAUGAUUCCAGUUCUGUUAAGGUUUAUGACUUCGUUCACGCGAAUGUUGUUUGGAUAGAAUCCGUGGAGCGACAGAAAGAAAUAAAGCGCGAAUCAGACAAUGAGUACAGUAUAAUUUAUUUUGGUCUGGAUUCAGCUUCGCGAUCACACGCCAUCCGAAAAUUACCUAAAUCGAUCAAAUAUUUGACGGAAACGCUAGGAGCGUACGAUUUCAAAGGUUUCAUGAAGGUUGCGCUCAAUUCUUUUCCAAAUAUGAUCCCAUUGUUAACGGGGACCCAAGACAGUGGCUAUCACAAAGAGAACAUUCUUAAAAUGCACCUUGAUGGAAUCCCGUUUAUUUGGAAGGAGCCGGAAAUGACGUCAUACGCUUCACUGUACGCAGAAGACAGACCGGAUAUUUCUACUUUUAACUACCUCCACUCCGGUUUCAGAGACUCUCCCGUAGAUUACUACUUUCGUGUUUUCGCACUUGGAAUGCACACUAUUGAACCGACAAUAAUGAAACCCCUGGGAAAAUCCGACUGGUGGUGCUAUGGCAACAAACAUCACUAUUUAGUGCAGAUCGAUUACUUGAAGCAGUUUUUAACCAAAUACAGUGGCCGGAAGCGUUUUGCUUUCUUUUGGAACAAUCAAAUAGGCCAUGAAACGUUUACGUCUCUUGGAAAUGGAGACCAGCCUUUGUAUGAGUUUUUGCAGUGGAUGAAAAGUCAAGGUCAUUUAAAUAGGUCAAUCGUGAUUAUCGGAAGUGACCAUGGUUUCCGGCUCGGGGGAGCAAGUACCACAUACACAGGUAGACUCGAAAACAAUAUGCCUAUGAUGAUGGUGUAUUUACCAGAUUCUCUAAAAAAGAAGUUUCCGUGGAUACCGGAAAAUAUGAAACAAAACACUGAUAAACUAAUAUCACCUUUUGAUAUAUACGCUACUAUGCUUGAUAUUAUUAAAGGUAAUUAUGAAGAAACUCUUUGCAAAGAAGUAUCCCGGGAAUUAACGCACCGAAGUUUAUUCGGAAAAAUUCCAAAGUCUCGGUCAUGCGCUGAUGCGGGUAUUGGCGAACAGUACUGUUCUUGCUAUGAUGCGCAAACAGCCUCGGUUUCGAACCCACUGGUGCAUAAAAUAGGCGCAAAAAUUGUGUCACAUAUCAAUGCAAUGUUAAGUAACCACAAAUCAGUGUGCAGAACUUUAGAGUUAAAAAAUAUUACGGAGGUCAAGGUCAUAUAUGCUGCUGAAGGUGACUGGGACAAUGAACCUAUUCACAGGAAACCUGGGUUUUUUAAACGGUUACUAGGCGACACAGAGACCGACGAAUCGGGUCGCUACACAUUAAUGCUUUACACAAGCCCCAACGAGGGUCUUAUAGAGGGAAUGGUCGACUACGAAAAGAAGGCAACAACCGGUGAGAAGUAUACAAAGACGAUCGGUGAGAAGAAUAAAAUGACGGUGAUAGGGAAUCCAGUCCGCUCUAACAGAUAUGGGAACCAGUCUCAUUGUAUUGACGACCCCACGCUCCGACAAUAUUGCCUGUGCUUCGAUAUACCUUUGUAAAUAUUAAGUGUACCUAUAGUGUGCUUCACCAAUGGAUCUAUGUAUAAUUUUGUUGUUUAUACUCUGCCUCACAAUGAAGCUCUGUACAUUUGCUAUGAAAUGUUUACUAUUCAUCACCAAAAUUACUUUUUUACAAGCUUUAUUAAUACAGUAAUAUUAUUCAGA